UAGUGCCAUGGUUCUCUUGCAGUGACACCAGCUCAAUACCGUCCGAAGGCUGAUCCGGCGUUUCCGUUCGCACUGCACUGCAUGCCCGCCCAGCUAUUGCGGUACCUUAGGCCACGCAGGUUCGCACAGGCGACAAGGCGCAUGACAGCAGAGAUCGCCAUGGCCGCGCGGGAGAGGGACAGGGACCGGGAGCUGCUGAUCAUCCCGGUGACCAGUACUGAGCCCGUCGGCAUAUCCGCCGGCGGCGGCGAUGACUCUGAGCCGACCACGCCGGUGAUGAUCGGCUCGCCGUCGGCACGCGGACACCACCACCCCUCCACCGGCAUCGAGGCCUUCUCAAGAGUGAUACGGAGCUGGACGUGGAAGAAGUUUAUGACUGGAUGUGUCAUAUUGCUCCCAAUAACCAUCACAUUCUACACGACCUGGUGGUUCAUCAGAUUCGUCGAUGGCUUCUUCUCGCCGAUCUACAUCCAUCUCGGCAUAAAUGUCUUCGAAGGUUUGGGGUUCGCCACUUCCAUCACCUUCAUUUUCCUCGUCGGCGUGUUCAUGUCGUCAUGGCUCGGUGCCUCCCUUCUCGGCCUCGGCGAGUUCUUCAUCAAGAAGAUGCCGCUCGUCCGCCAUAUCUACUCUGCUUCCAAGCAGAUAAGCGCCGCGAUAUCGCCAGACCAGAGCUCACGGGCCUUCAAAGAGGCAGUGAUCAUAAGGCACCCGAGAAUAGGCGAGUAUGCACUGGGGUUCAUCACUUCGACAGUGACCCUGCGCAGCGCGAACGGCGACCAAGAACUCACCUGCGUCUAUGUGCCCACAAACCACCUCUAUCUCGGUGACAUCUUCCUCAUGAGCCGCGCGGACGUAAUCAUACCAGACCUGUCCGUCCGAGAGGCCAUUGAGAUCGUCCUCUCUGGCGGCAUGACGGUGCCGCAAAUAAUAUCAGCAGUGGAGGGGGUUGUCGGCCCUGGGAAACAUGGCAGCGUAGUGAAAGAUCCUUAGGUCACAAUUUCCAUCAGAGUUAUAACGGACCUGCCUGAUCUUGCCUUCUGUCCCUCAGUGUUCUCUUUCCACAUUGAUAUAUUAGGUUAUAGGUU